UUAUAGAAUUUGUUAAUUAAAUUGGAAAAAAUAUGCUGCGUGCCGGCUGCCAAUUGCUGACGCAGUCCACCCUGCCCGCCGUCAAGACGGGUAGCAACGGUUUCGCCCUGGAGUUCGUUCGCUGGCGUCGGAAGCCGCGCUGGCUGCCGGUGGCAAAGAGCAAAAUAUUCCGCGUGCCCGAGCGCAAGAAGCAGACGGAGGAGGAGCGCACCGAGCUGAUGCGCCUGCACAACCGGUACAAAACCCAGCUGCGGUCAGUGCGCCAGUACCUGCGCGAGGAGGUCGUCCGGCACGAGGAAACGUCUACGGUGGACCACAUAGUGCUGACACCCGAGCAGGAGGAGGCCGAGUACCAGGCCUUGAUAGCCGCCAACGCGGAAUGGAACGCAACAAUUGCCCGGGAGCGAGAACAGCGCCUGGCCAAGGAGCGCGACGAGAAGGUGGCCUACGUCCAUGAGCGGCUCGAGGCCCGCCAGUUGCGCGAUGAGGAGCGUCGGGAGCGUGCCAACGAAGCGGUUCUACGCGAGAUCGAGCGCUCAAAGACAUACAUUACGCGCGAGGGCCUCAAUGCGGCCAUCGAAACGGCGCUGGCCAAUCCCGUGGAUCCCAAUUUCGCCAUCGACAUGGCCGGCAACCUAUACCAGGGACGCACCACCUCGCAGUUACCGGAGGCCGAUCCACAGCCCGACCAGCAGGCCUUGAGUAAUUAAUUAGCCCUUGUCUUAGUUUCAUGUUACAUUAAAAACAAAUCAGCUUUUCUUAGCCUAA